AUGUGGCGCCUCUUGAUGUCGAGAGAAUCGCGAAGGGCGGUGGCUUUAGGAGCGGCGACGACACUGUUGCCAUUUCGUUGUGUUCAUGAGCGGCCAUUCCUUGAUCUUCCGACCGAUGUUUCUCAGGGCGAGGCAUACGACAUGGCCCGCGACGCCUUGGUACAGCUCAACGUGAUGGUGCGACGCGGGAUUGAGCCGGAUGCGCUCAUGUACACUUCUCUCAUUGCCACGAUGAGUCGGGCGAAGUUGGAAUGGCAGGCGUAUAAGCUUUUCUCCCGUAUGUUGGAGCAAGGGGUGCGUCCAUUGCCGGAAACGUAUGUGGCGCUGCGCGACGCCACCUCACCUUCACGCCGGCGAUUGAGGCAGGACUUACAGUUGAAGAUUGAGGAAUCUUUGGAGUCCUUGCCCUCUGAACUGGCCGAGGAGGAGUUGGCUCGCCGGCAGGAGCAGGACCGGCUGUGUGUUGAGAAGUUUGAGGACUACAUGAGGGGUGUGCUGCCGACACCUCCGCCGUGUGCAUCAUACACGCAGACGACGGUGAUGCCGGCCGUGCAAGGGGAGGGAGGCCGCAAUGACGACGGCGAUGUCCAGAAGGAAAGAAAUGGCGCAUCCGCAGCAGCGACAAAGAGGGAUGGAGGCGGACAGGAAGAACCCCGACCCGUUGCGACUAUGCACAUACGAAAUCCAACAGACGCUUGGAGCACUGCACGCAUGAUGGAGGAGCAGCGAGGAAUUAGGACACAGCGUGCGCAAGGCAGUGACACCAUCGCUCUUAGCGAUGAACUUCAUCGUCUUCACGAGGAAGAGCUGCGCAUAUUUCUUGCGGCGCAACGGCAACUACGCCACGGCACAAAGGAUGAGUUAGUGCGCCGGGUGCUGGAUAAUGUACCUGAAAGGAGUAUUCGUGACAUGUUGGGGCGCCGAAAACAUUACUUUCGGUCUGUUGCACACAUCUUGGAAAACGAUAUACAUGCACUUCGCCGGGAGAAUAUUGGCGAAAACAAAGACGUGUUACAAAAUUCUGUACAGGAACAGUUCCCUGCAGCAGAUCGUACAUUGACAGCCGCAGAGAAGGAAACGGUGGCGCCGGAGGUCCUGCAUACCCCGUGGGGGAUUUUGCGAAAGCCGAUGAAGCGAAAGCCCGACCCAUCCGCAUCGCGUAGCAUGGAGCGCCUGCAGCGCAUAAGCCUCUCCUUGGAGGAGCUGCAACUCAUUCGAUGUAAGGGAGAGACAGGAGACCUUGAUGAGCUCCCGGAGAGUCUUCUGAGACGCUAUGCGUUUGAAUUUAACCUAAAGUGGAAAAGACGUUUUCCACUCUCCUUGUUGGAGGCCGUGCAAUGGCACUGCACGACGUUCCUUCCGGAGCAACUGGAUGGGAAGGUGGUGGUGCGGCCCACACCCGCUCUUCGCCGGCAGCAGGAGGAGGAGGGAAUGCACAAAACAUUGGAAAAUUAUGAGGCCUUUCGCAUCAUUUCACAGCGGACGAACAACCUACAGGUGGUGGACCACAAAGAAAUAAAUUUGCAUCUCAAGAAGAUACAAAAGACGAUGCUGCAGAAGGAGCGGCACACGGAAGAAACACUUCGACGGGAGCGAAAUUUACUUGACGCCGCCACUCUUGCUGCAUCGGCAAAGUCAUUUACGCCGCCAGAUGGGACGUCGACUACCGUUUCACGGGUGCUUGGUGUGAAUGAGGGUAGUGAUAGCAAUAUUGCAAAGAUUCCGCCGCCGGCAUCUACUUCCGACACAAGGGAUGAUUCUUUGGUGCAGGAGGAAUGCCAUGAGUUGCCCCCGUGGGCAAUUUUUUCCGGCGCAGAGGAGUUUGACAUCUCCACUGGCCGCUUCGGUGACCCCGAUGUGGGACGCUAUCAGGAGCUUAGCGACGGCCGCUUCAAGGUGUUGCCCUCACGGGAAGCACAGGACAAGUGGGCCGUUGACCGUCAACUUUUGCCCGGCCCGUUGCAAGACAAACUGCAGCGGGCAGAGUUGCAGCAAAAAUUGCACCACGAGGCCAUUGAGAGACGGUACCAGCAAAAACUUCAGUACAAUCGUUACCGCAAGUGGGACUCGUUUCUGCGUAAGGCUCAGGAGAAAGGACAGCGGGAGAAGAGCAGCGAAGAAGAAGAAGAAGUAGAUGCUGUACGGCCACUUCCGCCAAAGCGGCGUCUCUCGCAGCUGCUGCGCAAAGGACGCGAUAAGGCACCAGUGGAAGGCUCUGUGAAGGCCAAGUACACCAGAAGUCUUUGA